AGACGGUGGCACAACUUGGGGGUGUUUCUCCGCUACCAGCGUCCCGAGAGCGCUUCCGGGCCUUCAUUCCGGCCUCUGGGCUUGCCAAGGUCGCCGCAGGCCCGCUGGGUAGCUGUCCCGGGAGCGGAAGUGGAGAAGUGCCCCGGGGUCGAGGUGGGCGUGAGCGAAGAUUUUAAUUUAAUUUGAAAAUGAAUAAGUUCAGAAAGCCACCUCUGGCUUCAGGCCCUGAGACAUUCAGUCCAGAUGUUCUUGCAGACAUUUUUGAACUCUUUGCCAAGAACUUUACUUAUGGCAAGCCACUUAAUAAUGAGUGGCAGUUACCAGAUCUCAGUGAGAUUUUCACCUGUGACCACACAGAAUUUAAUGUGUUCCUUGAUUUGAAGAACUCUCUCAAUGAAGUGAAAAAUCUACUAAGUGAUAAGAAACUGGAUGAAUGGCAUGAGCACACUGCCUUCACCAAUAAAGCUGGAAAAAUAAUUUCUCAUCUGAAAAAAUAUGUGAAUGCUGAGCUUUGUACUCAAGCAUGGUGUAAGUUUCAUGAGAUUUUGUGCAGCUUUCCACUUGUUCCUCAGGAAGCUUUUCAGAAUGGGAAGCUGAAUUCCCUACACCUUUGUGAAGCUCCUGGAGCUUUUAUAGCUAGUCUCAAUCACUAUUUAAAGACGCAUCAAUUUCCCUGUGAGUGGAGUUGGGUGGCUAAUACUUUGAAUCCAUACCACGAAGCAAAUGACAAUCUUACGAUGAUUAUGGAUGACCGGCUUAUUGCAAAUACCCUGCAUGGUUGGUACUUUGGUCCAGAUAAUACUGGUGAUAUCAUGACCUCGAAAUACCUCACCGGACUUCAAAAUUUUAUAAGCGGCAUGGUGCCCAUUCACUUGGUCACCGCAGAUGGGAGUUUUGAUUGUCAGGGGAACCCAGGUGAACAAGAGGCAUUAGUCUCCUCUCUGCAGUACUGUGAAGUUGUGACUGCUCUGACGAUACUUGAAAAUGGUGGCUCUUUUGUUCUGAAGGUGUUUACUCUGUUUGAACAUUGUUCCAUAAACCUGAUGUACCUGCUAAACUGUUCCUUUGAUCAAGUCCAUGUUUUUAAACCUGCUACUAGCAAGGCAGGAAACUCAGAAGUCUAUGUGGUCUGUCUCGGCUAUAAGGGCAGAGGAGCCAUCCAACCUCUGUUAUCUAAGAUGGUUCUAUAUUUUGGGACUGAAGUGACUAAAGCUCUCUUUCCCCAUCAUGUCAUUCCUGAAUCCUUCCUUAAAAAGCAUGAAGAAUGUUGUGCACUCUUCCAUAAAUAUCAGCUAGAUACUAUUUCUGAGAACAUUCGCCUGUUUGAGUACAUGGGAAAAGAGGAACAAGCAAAGUUGAAUAAUUUAAGGGACUGUGCUGUCCAGUACUUCAUGCAGAAGUUUCAAUUGAAACCUAUUCCCAAAAAUAACUGGCUAGUGACAAAAUCUAGUACGGGUUGUCAUACAAAUACAAAAUGGUUUAGGCAGAGGAACAGAUACUUUAAAACCUAUAAUGAGAGAAAGAAGCUGGAAACUCUUUCAUGGAAAGAUAAGGUGGCCAACGGAUACUUCAAUCGAUGGUCCGAAGAACAUGUUGCCUAUCAUCCUGGGCAGAAUCCUCUUCUCAAAGGAACAGAUUUUAACCUGGAGUUCCACUCGUGGCGUACUUUAGAGGGAAAGAAACUACCAAAGGUAAAGUGUUCUCCUUUCUGUGAUGGCGAAAUUUUGAAGGCUCUGAAUGAAGCGAUUGAAAAUUCUUUAGGAGGUGCUGUGAAUGUAGAUACCAAGUAUAGACUAAAGCAGCAGCGUCAUUGUGCCUGUCAUGUUUUUUCUGAAGAACUGUUGUUUUCAGAGUUACAUAGCCUUGCCAAGUGCCUUCAGGAUGAGCCAGAUGUUGAACCUAUCAACCAAAUGAAGUGCCUUCUUGUAGGGUUUCCAGCCUCCUGUGAUACUACAGUGGAUCUACCUUUGGAAGUCCUGCACCUGGAAUCAGCUAGACUCAUGGCUUUUAGCUCUUCCUUGCUCCAUGAUGGAGACCCAGCUUACCAGCAGUUAUUUUUGGACUGUCUCCUACAUUCAUUGCAGCAGCUUCAUACAGGGGAUGCCAUGAUUUUACCAAUACUUUCUUGUUUUACAAGAUUUAUGGCUGGCUUGAUCUUUGUACUCCACAACUGUUUUAGGUUCAUUACUUUUUCUUGCCCCACUACCUCUGAGCCCCUGCAGACCUGUGCAGUCCUGCUCUGUGUUGGUUAUCAGGACCUUACAAAUCCAGUUUUUGAGUAUCUGCAGAAUUUGAAUGAAUUGUUGAGUGCUUUGCUUAGUUCUAAUGCACCCCAGCAAGUUUUACAGUUUGUGCCAAUAGAGCUGCUCCUGAAGGGGGCAUUACUUGACUUUUUGUGGGAUUUGAAUGCUGCUAUUGGUAAAAGACAAUUGCAUUUGAUUAUUCAAGGAGAGAAAGAAGACAUAACCAGCAACCACCAGCUAUAAAACUGAACUGGACCUUUCUGGGAUUUGACUUCAUGGUCUUACAGUUUCCAAUGUUAUUGCAUUCCUUGGCUCUUUUAAAACUACAGUUUUGGGGACAGGCCAGUUUUUAUAUCAUUUAAAGCCUAAUUACUUGGCUGAAAACCCUCUAGUAUACAUAUACUCACUUUUAUAUAUGUAUGGUAGAGUCUAUGCAGUAAUAAUCAACCUCAAACAUGAUGUAUUUAUGCAGUGGUCCUCAAACUACGACC